AUGACAACAGGUCCUGAAAUUUCGAAGGGUUUAGAACAAUGGAAUACCGAUUUGGGAAAAAAUGCAAUUUUACAAUAUGGAUUUGAACUUAUCAGUAAUACUAUGAAAGCUGAAUUAGUUCCGCAACUGCUUCUGGAUUCUAUAAAGGAACUUUAUCAAGAUAUUAAUUCUAAUCUUUCAAAUUUAGAUGCUAUCGCUUUUAAAGAAGAAUCAAAAAAUGGUACCACUCAACGUAUUACACCCAAAAUAAUCAUGUCUGAAUUAAGUAAAGUUAUUCAACCUGAAGAAUUCAGUCAAACAAGUGAUUUACACCAACCAAUUGUACAAAAGUUUGGUGAGAAAUUAAAUAACCGGGGAAAGAUUUGGUGCACGAUUUCGGCAGAUAGAGCUGUUAAAAAUGCCUUAGCAUUUGACAUUCUUGAGAGUAUUUUACUAGGACUAAUAAAGUUUACGGUACCAAGAAUUAUUAGGUUUACAAUGGGAGAAGAAUUCGUUUUUAUCAUUAUUUUUGAACAAACAAUAAGUGAUACUAUCAAAGAGUUGACUACCAAUGAAUAUAAUCUUCAGUAUAAAAUCUUGCGGAUGAAUCGGCUAAAAAUGAUCGAUAAGGUAGCAAGAAAAAAGCCUGGUGAUGUACUCGUUUCAAUGGCUAUUGACUCAUUAUUAUCACUUUCAAUCCCUGGUCCAAUUACUGGUACAUAUACAAACAAUUCGAUUGAAGAGAAACUAUUAAAAACUUUAGUUUGUGACGUAUUGUUGAACCGAAUUUGUUCAGUUGAUGGAGCUACCAAUAGAGUUGGUGAAUGUUUGCCCUUGGCUACGUAUCACGACAUGAUAAGUGAAGAUAUAUUUUUCACAGAGGGAUUAGAAAUGUUGAAAUAUCACAUUGAUAACGACCUUGAAGAUAUUGAUCUCAUAGAAACUCAUCAAGAAACUAAGCCAGUUUUUAAUGCAUACGGAUAA